AUGUCCGCCACCAAUGGCACAAACGGUCAACAACAUCCUGUCCGAAGUCGCUCCGCCAGCUCCCCCUACCAAUCUGUUCAAGACUACCUCUCCAAUGUCGCCAACUUCAAGAUUAUCGAGUCCACCCUGCGCGAGGGCGAGCAGUUUGCCAAUGCAUUCUUCGACACUGAGACCAAGGUCAAGAUGUACGGCCUCAACCCCGACUGUGCGGAGAAGUCUGCCAAGGCUCUUGAUUCCUUUGGUGUCGACUUUAUUGAGCUGACCUCGCCCGUCGCCUCGGAGCAGUCAUUCAAGGACUGCAGGACUAUCUGCAGCCUUGGUCUCAAGGCCAAGAUCCUUACCCAUGUUCGCCUCAACAUGGAGGAUGCCAAGGCCGCUGUAGCCACUGGUGUAGAUGGCGUCGAUCUCGUCAUUGGAACUUCCAGCUUUCUCCGUGAAUUCUCCCACGGCAAGAGCAUGACCUACGUCCAGAAGACGGCCCUCGAGGUCAUCGAGUACCUCAAGGGUGAGGGCGUACAGGUCCGGUUCUCGUCCGAGGACUCGUUCCGCUCCGACCUCGUCGAUUUGCUAUCUCUCUACAAGGCCGUCGAUACCGCCGGCGUCCAGCGUGUCGGUAUUGCGGACACUGUCGGCGGAGCCACUCCCAGAAUGGUCUACGAUCUCGUGCGUACCCUGCGUGGUGUCGUGCAAUGCGAUAUCGAGACUCAUUUCCACGACGAUACCGGAUGCGCCGUUGCCAACGCUCACGCUGCCCUCGAGGCUGGUGCCACUCAUGUUGAUACUUCAAUGUUAGGUGAGCGUAAUGGAAUCACUCCUCUCGGCGCCUUCAUUGCGCGCAUGGUUGUCACCGCGCCCGACUACGUCAAGUCCAAGUAUAACCUCAAGGAGCUUAAGGCUCUUGAGACGCUGGUAGCCGACGCCGUGCAAAUUAAUAUUCCUUUCAACAACCCCGUCACCGGCUUCUGCGCGUUUACCCACAAGGCUGGCAUCCACGCCAAGGCCAUUCUCAACAACCCGUCGACGUACGAAAUCAUCAACCCCGAAGACUUUGGCCUGAGCCGCUACGUGUCGAUUAGUAGUCGCAUCACCGGCUGGAAUGCCGUCAAGUCUCGUGUUGAUCAGCUCGGCCUCAAGAUGUCGGACGAGCAAGUCAAGGAAGUUACCGCCAAGAUUAAGCAGCUAGCGGACAUUCGUCCUCUGGCAAUCGACGAUACCGAUUCCAUCCUGCGUUCGUUCCACGCCGAGCAGGUGGAGGGCUGCGGCAGCUACUAG